GCCACACGUGGACCCUUCCCAUUAGCGGAGGACGGUGCUUACUGAAUGGACCAAAAAGUACACACUGCUAAGUACACGCCUCGUCUACUUCCUCUCUUCUCCAACUGAAGCGAGUGUUCAACAAAAGUGGCGCACGUAAAGGCAGCCCGGCGAGAGCACUAACCCACCACGCCUUCUUCUGGCUCCUUCCACUCGAUUACCUCUACCCGGAACAUCCUGUCCUUUGUACGGGCACAAUGACGGCCAAGCAUCGGAAGGGGAAAAGCAACCACAAACACGAAGAUGACAAUUUAAAAAGUGAAGUCCCCGAAUCAAAAGUCCACGCAGGGGGGAAGAGCUACACGCUUGUGUUCUUUUUAUGCCUCGUCGUUGUACUCGGCGGGUCCAUUGGAGCUUGGUUUUGCUACCAGCAGCACCAAACUUUGAGCCACUUGACAGACACCUUCAUGAGCAUGCAGAUGAAGGUGGCCCAGCUGCAGUCGCAGGAGACCAUGCGACAGACAAGUGAUAAGGUGCAGAUGUUGUCAGAUGGUCUGGAAAGUCGACUCAGUGCCCUGGAAGAGUCAUACGCAGAGGCCCAAAAACGGGUGGGUGAGGCCUUGGCUACCGCAGAGCAGCUCAAGACAUCAGACCUACCUGCUCAGGUGCUGUCGCUCCACACCGAGAUGAAAUCACGUCUGGCUGACAUCCAGCAGACCACUGUGUCAAUGGAGCAGCUGGGCCAGCUGCAGGCAGUGCUACAGGGGAAGGCAGAGGAGUAUGAGGGGGUCAGACUUCAGAUGGAGGGCCUAUCUCAGCAGGUCCAAACUCUUACGGGGCGCCUGGAGGAAGCAGAUGCCAAACUGGAAGAGGUUGUCCUUUUGAAAGACACCCUGAAGAAACAGGCUGCACAGAUACUUGACCUGAAGUUGCAACUGGACUCGUACCUGACCCAGCUGGAGACCAACACAGCAGAGAUGGUGACUCUCCGAGAAUUGCUGCCGAUUGAACACGCCAAGCAGGCCGAUGUGGAGGAACAGAUCAAUGCAGUUCGAAUCAGUAUUCAGGAUCAGAACUCCGCCGCCCAAAGCCUUCACUCAGAACUCAGAGCUCAGCUGGACAACCUACAGAGGCAGGUCACGCAGAUGGUGGAUAAUGACCAAGCUAUAGCUGAACCUGAGGAACAAACAGAUCCUGUGGAUGGAGAAGAGGGGCAGGAGGAGGAGCAGGCCAGCCUAGUGGACACAGAGCCUGAGUCAGAUGAGGCGACGGAACAAGUACUUACCUUUUCAGAACUGGUAGAAACCGAGGCAUCACACACAGAAGAGGAGGAGCCAAGUGUGGAAGAGCAUCAGAGCGAUGGUGAGGAGCAACUGCUGGUUAAUGAGGAUGACUUCAAACCAGAGGAGGAGGUGGCUUCAGAAGGGGAGACUGGACAGGAGGAGGAGGAGGAGGGAAUAGUUGAUGCUGAGGAAGUUGAAUCAGAAGAAGAGUGGAAUGAAAGGAUUGAUGCAUAAGGCAAUUGAUGUCACCAGAGGAUUUUCAUGCAUCCACCAAGAAGGAACUCCCUCAUACUAUAGUGACAGUUUGCCAACUAUAGCGGUAUCAGUGCUUUCUGCUCGUGCAGGAUACAUCAUGUGACACGGGUGCUCUUUGAAAGACAGCAAGUCAGAUGAAUUCAGCCACUAAACUGAAGCUGCAUUACAAGAUUUCAGGUUUACCUCAAAAGCCUUAUUCUUGAACAAAAACACUUUCUGUCUUUCAAGUGAGUAUUUUGUACUGCUUCAACAAUCUGGAUCGUGCACUAUACUUUAAAACGAAAUACAUUUUGUGAUCAACUUGAAGCCACAGGGGUAUUGUCUUGGUGCCAUUGAAAUGCUUUAUUUUUGUGUGCCUGCUUUGUAUGUGUGAAGAUUAAAAAAAAAAAAGAUCACAGAAAGUACCUUAUUUCACCAGAAGAAAAAUAGUGUGGCACAUUGAAGAAAUUUGGCAAAUAGACAUCUCGGAUACAGCUGCAGUUACUGAAUAUUUGUAGGACCUUUUCAUAUUUGUUUUAUCACUGCCUGCAUAUUUUUUGCACCUUUUUCACAGCUGCAGUUUCUAUGCAAUUUACCAAAUUGCAUGGUGUUUGUGAUGGUUAAAAGUGUGUACAAAUUCAGUCUUGAGAUAUAACACGUUUGUGCAUUAAAUUACAAAACAAGCUACUGUUUCGGUGUGUUGAAGGAACUUGGACAUAGAGCUUCUCAGGGACGUGUUCUUCUGAUAAAUGCGUGUUGCUCGUAUAAAUAUGCAUGACUAAUGGGCAGACAAACUGUUAACACUGAGAGAUGCUCAGAGGGUUGAAAAAAAUGUCUGUUUGGUACUUUUUCUUUUGUAUUACAGUACUCUUGUACUUACUCUCACCGACUGGUGACAUCACAUGACUCUUCAGGAGACUCUGGAGUUAACUGGAACGAUGCAAGCCAUCACCAACUAUGCAAUGCAGAAAAAGCUGUGAUUUCGGUAAAUUCAUGUUUCUGAAAUAUGGAUUGCAGUAUUGCUUGUGGACGUUGCUGCACAUCUUUACUCAUUGUCUUUAAAAUAAAGUCAAUUGUUCACUUUGUAAA